UGUUUUAUGUCCGCUAUCAUAGUUAUUCAUUACUUCCAGGGAGGUUCGAAACAGCUGUGCCGUUGUAGUUUAUCAUGUUGUUGUUAUUUUUUAAUUCUCGUCAACGGUCAUUUGAUAAUUUCAAGUAUUAACCGCUGGAUUUGUUUAUCAUUGUUAAAUUAUUAUUCAAGUCGUUUAACGGUUUUUUUUUCGUAAUUUCAUUUUUAUUUCACAAUACCUACUUUAUUAUACAAUAAAAUUAAUUAUUCUAAUUUGAUACGUAAACAGUGUUAGGCCUAAAGCUUAUUUUGUUUUCAAAAAUAUGUUAAUUUCUUUCUAACACGAAUAAUAGAUAAUAACAAUAAUAUGGCUAUAUCCAAUAUAAACAAAUUUGAAAUCGAGCAGUUAAUUCUCCGCUGGGUAAGUUAAUACUAUUAUUUCACUUUUGAUUUCGCUGUACAAUUUUAGACUCGCUAUAUUAUUAUUCAAAUCAUGAUUUGGUAUAAGAAUACAUUUUUUUUUGUGAUGACAUAAUAUCAACAAAAAUUAUAAUUCAUUGCACUAGAGCCUUAAAAAAUAUAUAUGUGUGACUUGUAUACAUCGUGAACUGUACAAAGUUACUAGAUUGUACAAGUUACAUUAUAUAAUUCGCAAUGUGUAUAAUAAUAAUUUUUUAAAAGUAUUUUCCAAAUAUUACAUAUCUGUAUGUCAUAUAAAAAUAGAUAUACUUAUAGGUCCUUACAUAUUAGUAUAUUCAGGGGCAGAGCUUUAUAUUAUAUAAUUACUAAGAAGUUAUUUUUUUUAUUAAAUACUAAAAAACCAAAUAUAAUGGUAUUAUUUUGGUACUUAUUGAUACACUCGUACCUUAUUACUUAUCAAUUAGUACGAUAAUCAAAAAAUAUCAUUAUUUUACCCUUUGAAUAUACUUGUUUAUGAUGAUAAUAAUAUCAAUAAUAUGAAUAUGAAUAUAAUCGUCAAUCGAUAAUAAUAACACAGGUUUCAUAAUGUGUGAUAUUUUUUUUUGUUUGGUAAUAUGUAGUUAGUAAUACCUAAUAAGUACUAUAAUUUAAACAUAUUCUUAGAUCCUUUAAAAAAAAAAAAAAAAAUACUUUUAUAUUUACUUUUUAUUAAUAUAACGACCCAAUAAAUUUUUCGAGUGUAUAAUAAUGAUGAUUUUUAUGUGAAAAACUGUAUAAUCGUGGUUAAAAUGAAAUUUUGUGAUAUGUACAAUGAUUUUUGUACACAUUGUAUAGUGUAGUUUGUACAAUCUAGUUACCUUGUACAGCAACAUUAUACACUUUGUGAUUUGUACAUAAGUCACUGUACAAUUCUGGACUUUAUAUGUAACAUAUAUGUAUCAAAACAUAUUUUAUUACAAGCUUUUCAACCAUAGUCCAAGUAAAUGGCUUGUUAAAGUAUUUUAAAGUUAUAUUUUGUGUUGUGUUUUUUUUAUUUAUACUACUAUUAUAUCACUUAUAUACCUAUUUACCUUAUUUAAAAAUAAUUUUAAUCAAUGUUUUCAGAUAUGUUUAUUCGAUGAUUUUCAACAAACUGUAUUUUCAAACAUCAAAUAUCUUGUAUUUAGUGCAUCAUUUAAAGAAUUUGCUAAUGAUGUGUAAGCAUUAUAUUUUUUUUAUUAUUAUACAUUUAAUUUAUCUUAAUUUUAAACAAUAAUUAUUUGAGUUAAUUGUUUUUAUUUAGAUUUUAUUUUAAGAGUUCUACCUCGUCAAAUAUUGAAGAUGAAAACCUUUAUAAUACGAUAAAAGGUAACAUUUUUUAUAUUUAUAAUUAAUUAUUUCAAGUUAUAUGUAUAUGUGUUUAUUUAAAUUUAGUGAACUAUCAUGAAUUUGAAGUCCAGAAGUAUGAAGAUAUGUACAGCGAAGAAAAUUUGUUUUACACUUGUGUAGUUGUUUUACUUCAUGCAUUAUUAAAAUGUACAAAUGAUAAAUUUAGAAUUCAGUUAAGCGAAAGAAUGGAUCACGAAGAACAAAUAUUAUUGGCAAAAUUUUUAGAAGCUACACAGGGUUCAUUGUUCACUAAACAAAAUAUUUCUGAAGCACUAAUGUUAUUAAGUGACAUAAAACUCCCUAAUUUGAAUGGUUCAGGUAAAAUUAUAACUGAUUUUAGAGAGGGAGUAUUAUUUUAUUAAUACAAUUAUUGUAAUAUAAUACCUAAUAAAAACCCUCCUUCAUCUACAUGUAAAAAACUCCAGUUUAAAAAGUUGUAAUAUCAAAAAGGGGCUAAGUAAUUUCUUAAAUUUAUUAGUCUAUACAAUAUAUCUAUAUAUUAUUUAUAAUUGUUUGUAUUUGAUGAAGUGUGAUAAUUUAAUACAAAUUAUUUCGACUUAGCUUCGUGGCUACUAAUAUUUACAUUCCUAUUUUAUAAUUUAUUAACAUUACUAUUACACUAUCUAUUUAAGUACAAACUAUAAGUAGCUGCCAAGCUAAGUUCAAUUAUUUGUAUUAAAUUAUCGCACUUUCAUCAAAUACAAACAAUUAUAAACAUUUCCUAUAAUAAUGACUUUAAAAAAUUACUUAAUCCAUUUUGAUAUUAGAAAUUUGUCUUCAACUUUUCUUUUUCUUUUUUCUUAACGAAGUUUUUACACAUAGUUAACUGAGAAUUUUUGUUGGGAUGUCACUCAUUUUUUUUUUUAUUAAAAUUUUAGAUAUAGUUAACCUAUGUUUUUUUUUUUAUCAAGUAAAAAUUAUGAGGACAAAAUAUCUUUGAUGUUUUAUGGAUUGAGUAAAUUAAUAUAAUGUAUGUUUUAUAACUAAGAAUGUUGCUAAAAAACGAUAUUAUAGUAAUACAGCGAUAAAAGAAACAAACAAAAUUGUUUUUUCUUGAUUACAAACCGGUGGUAACAAUGCAUAUAACAUAUACAUUGUUAAAUUGUUGAAAAAAAUAGCGUUUCAAGUAAAACUAUGCUAUUACUUUUGUAUAUCACUCAGGCUGUAAUCAUCUGAUCAACUUGAAAUUUACAAAAGUAUUACCUUCAUAACAUAGUGAUCAAUCCGUAAUAAAUUUCAAAACUAUCAAUACAUUAAUUUAGGCUCUAGAGAGGUCGGACCAUUUGCUAAAAAAAAUAGCACAGGUUAAUAGGAGUUGGCUGUCUCAUACAAUAUACUGCGGUCAACGCACGGGUUUUUUUUUUUUACUAAACUGGAUAGCCUACUUAUAUUUACAUAGGCUCUAAAUCAUUUAUUGGCUAACCCUUUUUUUUUUUUUUUUUUUUUUUGUAAACUCACUAGGAAAACAAUAAAAAUAAACAAGUUAUUCCUAUAGUUUUAAGUUUCAUGACAUUUAUUAAAACAAAUUAAUUUUAAUUAUUAAUAUUUAUUUUUUAGAAAUGUUUUCAAAUAAUAUCACACCAAUAAAAUCAACAUCUAUUCGUCGGAGCUAUUUACAAGAAUUCUGCGAGGUAAUAUUAAUACAAUUUUAUUUUUUGUAACUGCUCUAGACCUUUUUAUUUAAACAACAUAGUUUUUGUAAACAUGAUUGAUGUACAAGAACCAUUUUUAUAAAAUAUACUUUUAAAAAAUAUUUUAGUAAAAUAUCGUUACAGAUAACAGUUUUUUUUGUACUUUUUUCUAGUUUUAAAUAUAAGUAAAAUUUUACUAUUGAAUGUUUUAAUAAACAUUUGUUAAUGUAGGUUACGCUUAAAAUCAUAUCUUACUCAAAAUGAAUAUUAGUCAUAUUUUAGAUUCUGAGUGGAGCGAGGAAUGUAAUGAUUUUACAAUGGUGUUUAUUUUUUUUUAUUAUUUCUGUAGACAACUUUCUUACCAGGAAUAAUAUUGCUCCAAUUUACAAUGAUAACACUAUUUUUUUAAAAAGGAAAUUUUUCUGCGGUGAUACUUUAGGGAAGGCAUUUUUUUGAUUUUCCCAAGACUCUAAUUAAUGGAAAAAUAAGUACAAAAUUAAAGAAAAUGUUUAAUGCCUAUUUAAUUAUUUUAUCAUAAUAUAUUAAUAUGACAUAUAUAUUGUUGACAAAGCAACACUAUCAAUCAAACUCUACUCAGAAUCGUUUUUUUGUUAGCAAUGGUUUAUCGUUAUUGAUAUACAUUAAAUUCCCAUCUGUAUCCUGUCUUUCCACCUUCCUAUAUAUAACUAUGGCUGCACCUGUCUUCAUUAUCUGAGGACAGCUUUUUUUUUUUAGUUUAAAUUGAACUGUUAACACAAAAUACUCUCUACAGAUGCACUACAAGGUAUAAAAGCAUUCCCAAUUUAUUAUUGAUAAUAUUGUAUAACUUAUCUCUAGUCAACAGUGUUUUUGGACCGCCGGUACAGUACCUAUUGCAGGCAAUAGGCAUAUAAUGUAAAAAAUGAUAUGAGUUUAGUAGGUAUUGUUUAUUUUUACAACAAUUACAAUAUUUUAUAUUGAAAACCAUGGAAAGAUUUGAAGAAAAGCAUUCAGUGCUAUUAAAAAUUUGAAUACCAAUACUCAAAUACUAUAUAACAUUGACUGUAACUCACUAAUUUGUAUGAUGAAUUAUAAUUACAGUCACCUAAAUCGCAAUCCUUAAUAUAUCAAGAAAAAGAAAAACUUAUUUCUAAACUUACUGAAGACUAUAAAAAUGAAUGUGAAGAAAAUGAUAAGUUAUCUGCAAACAUUAAAACACUACAAGAUGUUAAUUCAAAACUUUGUAAGUAUCUACAACAAGUGAUAUAUUUUUAAACUAUUCUAUUAUUGUUAAAAUUGUCAUAUCUUAAUUUAAAACCUAUAAAUUCUAAAAUGAGUCAUUAUUAUUAUUAUUAUUUUUAAUGCUUAUCUACUUAGGUACUAAAUUAGAAGAUAAAGAAAAAAUUAUACAGUUUUUGAAAGAUGAAAUUGAAGAACUUACAAUAUCGAAAGAAACUCCAGAUAAUUUUAAAGAAAAUACUGCUUUGAUAAUAAAAAAAUUAAAACAAGAUAUAUUUGAUUUAGAAACCAAUAGCAAUGAAUUAAAGCAUCAAAUAAAAAAACUGGAAAAUGAACAUAAAGAUCUUAUUAAAAAAGUAAUUAAAUACAAUUUUAACUUAAAACAUAUUAUUACUUAUUGUGUCUAAAUAUCGUCAAACAUAAAUCAAUAUUUUGAAUAGCCUAGUAAAGUACCAAGAUGUUAAAACAUUAAAAACAAUCUAGAUAUUUAUAAGCUAUCUAUUGAUAAAUUAAUUCUUGUCUUAUGUAGUUUAAGUUUCUAUAACCUCUAAAAAAUUCAAUUUAAGUUGUGUACAUGUCUUCAAAAAUAUUAACCAUUUAAGGAACUAAAACAUGUGCCCAACAUUUUUAUUUUAUUUUUACACUGCUCGUAUUGAAUAUUUAAAGUGGCAAUGAUACUGUAAACUCAUUUAAUAAUGUUUCUAAUAUCUUAAUUGUCAUUCUGAUAAUAUACAGAGUAAAGCUUUUCUUUUCCACUUCUAUUAAUAACAAAUUUUCAACUGUAAUAUUUAAAAUUAUCAAUGAUCUUACAAGUUAUAUUAGUUUAUUUAUUUUUUUUUAAAAAAACAAUUUUAUUGACUAAAAAUGAAUGUCUGGUUUUUUUUUAUUUAGUUUGAGACAAAAACAUCAGAUUAUGAAAUUCUUCUUGUCACAUCAGAUAAUAUUAAUAUAGAAAAUGGGUCAUUAAAAGAAAAUAUUGAUUUUUUAAAAGAAGAGUUACAAAAGAAGCACAUAGAAAUAACUGUAAGUUUAACUCAAAUAUAAUACUACUUAAUUUUUACGGGAAACAUGUUAUACAUAUUAAAUAUAUCUAUAAUCAAUAAAUUAAAAUAUAUCCUUUUUUUUGUUUUAGUCAUUAAAAGAUGAGCUCUGUAACAAAUCAAUUUCAAACAAUCAAAUGAAUUCUAGUUGUCAAGAGGCAAAUAUUAUUUCUCCCAAUACAUUGUUUGAAGAAUUAAAUUUUAUCAAAUUAGAAGAAGUAACACGCGAUAAAGAAAAAUAUAGACACAAGUACAAAUCGUUAAAAAAGGAUUUAUUAGGUGUAAGUACCUAUUUUUUUAAAUUAAAAUCUAUUGGUAUAAAAAAAAAAUAGAUAAGUUGAUUAAUGUUAAAUAUUACUAUUGAUUACUGAAACAUAAUUAAUUUUAAAAUUGUUAUAUUUUUUGAAGAUACCAAAUAAUAAGUCUACUAAAAAAAACUCACAAAAUUUAUUAGUUCUAUAGCUGUUCUAUUCAUUACUUAAUUAUCAUGUGUAAAAGUAACUUAAUUAGAUUUGUACCUAUUUUAAUAUUUUUGUAAUAUUAAUUUCCAGCAUGAAAAUCAUAUUAAGGACUUAGAUAUACAAAUAACAACCUUAAAAAAACAAUUAAAUGAUUUUGAAGUCUAUAAAAAUGAAUUGAUUAACAAAUUGUCAAACAAAAACAGAGAACAUCAAGAAUUUCAAAAACAUAAUCAUAAUUUAGAAUCUAAAAUAAAAAAUUUGAAAGAUUCUGUUAAAGAUAAAGCUAAUCACAUUGAGGCUAUGAGUAAUAAAUUAAAUAAAAAAGAAAAUCUAAUUAAAGAAAUGUCAAAUGAAAUGGAUACUUUAAAAAAAGCAAAAACUAUGAUUGAACUGAUUUUAAGCAAAACCAAUACAGAAAUUGAAUCAUUACACGAAGAAAACAACAAAUAUGUUUCUAGUUUACUUACUACAAUUGAAGAUUAUAAAAAAUCUGAAGAAUUGUCUCGUAAAAAUGUCUCAGAUUUAGAAAAUAAUAUUAAACAAAUACAAGAUAUUUUAGUAGACAAAGAAAACAUAAUCAUUUCCUAUGAAAAAAAAAUAGCUGAAAAUAGUCAAACCAUUAAUAUUCAAGAAGGACAAUUGCAGACAAUGUACCAAGAAAAACUGGCAUUGGAAAUACAAUUGAAAGAUUUAAAAACAGAAAUUGAAAUGCAGCAAAAAGCAUUUAACAUCAAAAAUUGUGAAAUGGAAAAUUAUUUAGCAUAUUAUCUUGAUGAAUUGAAAGAUAUUAAGAUGGGCAAAACAAACAUAGAAGAGAUUUUGGUUUGUAAACAAAAAGAAAUAGACGGACAAAUUGAACUGAUAAAUUAUCAGAAGAACAUUAUCAAAACAUUACAAUCUGAAAAAUGUAACCUUGAAAUUAGUGUAAAUGAUCUACGUGAAAUUUUGCAAAAAAAAUCUACUGAAAAUACAGAAUUAAAUGAUAGAAUUCUGUAUUCCACAUCAAAUAUUAAUAAGUUGAAUGAACAACUUGAAUCUACUCUGAAUGAGAAAACAAUAUUAGAAAAUAAUUUAAAAGCCAAUGAAAUUCAGAUAAAAACAAUGAGUGAAGAAUUUGAUUGUAAAUUGUAUGAUAUGAAAAGUGAAUUAGAAAAUCAAGCUAAUGAAAUCAAUCAUUAUAAAAUUGAUUUUGAAAAAUUAAAAGAUGCCUUAGAGAAGAAGCAAAAUGAUUUUAAUGAACAACUUCUAAUAAGUAAUAAACAAAUUGAAACAAUUUCUCAUUUAAAUUUAGAAAAAUCUGAACUUUCAGAAGAAAUUAAAUUAAAUAGCAAAAUUGUAUUAGAUAAAGAAAAUAAUAUUAAAUCAUUAGAAGAAAAAUUUGUUCAAAACAAAUUACAAAUUGAAAACCUAAUGAAUCAAUAUGAUUUAAAAGUUUCAGAAAAUCAUUUCCUUACAAAGACAUUGAACACUAUUACCAUUAACAUAAAAAAUAUGCAAGGUGACUUUGAUAAACAGCAUCUAAAUAUCAAAAUGAAUUUAGAAUUGUGUGAAGAUAAAAUAGAUAUAUUAAACAAAAUAUUAAUUGAACUUAAAAACUAUUCACAUUCUAAGGAAAAUGAAUUAAUAAAUCAAAUAGAUUUAAAUAAAAAACUGGAAGACAGUAUUUUUCUGUUGAGAACUGAAAAUAAUGAUUUGAUAGAAAAAUUAAAGGUUUCUGACCAAUGCUUAUUAAAUAAAGACACUACAGUUAAAUAUCUAAAAGAAAAAAUUGAUGGACAUAGUAAUGCUGUAAAAAAAUUAGAAGAACAACUUGGUGUUAUGAGCAUAGAAAAAGUAAUUAUUGAAACAAAUUUAAAUGAAAACAUUGAACAAUUAAAAAAUGUGCAAGAACAGUUUACCGAACAAAUUAAUAAUAUUACGAUUCAGUUAAGAAAUUGCGAAAAAGAAAAUAUUGAGUUAAAAAAUCAAUCUUCAAAAAUUAAAAGUAUGUUAGAAAAAACACAGAACGAACAUGAUGAACAGCUUAAGUUAACAGUUGAACAAUGUGAAAUUAUAAAUAAUAUGAAAUUGGAAAAAAUAACAUUAGAAAAACAAAUUGUAAUUGCUAAUGAACAUUCUGUUGCUACUCAAAUAGAAAUUGAAUCAUUACAAGAAAAAUUAGAUAAUUAUAAAUCUACUAUCUUAAACCUCGAAAACAAAUUAAACAGUACAUCAAUGGAAAAAAUCUUACUUGAUACUACAUUGAAAAAUGCUGAAGAUGAAAAAAAUACCUUAAUUCAAGAAUUUGAUGAACGAAUAAAAGAAGUAAAAAAAGAUUUAAAUAAUAAAGUAAUACAAUUAGAACUUGCUACUAAAGACAACAUUAAUUUAAAAGAAGAAGUUAGUUUCACUGAAAAUAAAUUUAUUGGUUUACAAAUUGAAUUAAAAGAGUUAAGCGAUUGUAUAUUAAAAAAAGAAGAAGACAUAAAAUUAUUAAAAUUACAGAAUUUGAAUUAUUCAAAUACUUAUGAAAACUUGGAAAAACAAAUUAUUGAAGUAAAACAAAUUUUAAAUACAAAACAUGAUGAAUUAGAAAAUCAAAUUCAAUGUUGUAAUGAACAAAAAGAAAUAAUUAUUAAAAUAAAUUGUGAAAAAGAAUCUCUUUGUAAUAAAAUAAAAAAUCUUGAAGAUGAUGUAUCACGGGAAGAAUACAAAUACAAAGUGUGUGAAGGAAAAUUGUAUGAGCGUGGUGACACCAUUGAUAAUUUAGAAAAAAAAAUAGAUGAAAUGAAAAGUGAAAAUGAAUCUUUGGAAUUGCAACUUAAUAAAACUAUUACACAAUUAACUAAUACACAUCAAGAUUUAUCAUUCCAAUUGGAAGUUAAGGAAAAAAAUGUUUUGGAAAUUCAAGAAAAAUUAAUUCAUCAACAAAAGGAGUUGGACGAACAAUUAAAAGCAAUAUCAUUAUUGAAUGAAGAAAAGGAAACAUUAUUAAAAAAAAUUAACACACUUCAAGAAUGUUUGGAUGCAAAAGAAAUUACUCUGAAAUCAUUACUAGAAAAAAAACUGAAUUAUAAAAAGCAAUGUUUGGGUUUGGAAACUUCAAAAAUAAAUUUAGAAUCAGAAUUGAAUGAAAACAAAAUACAAUUAACAAAAAAAAAUCAAGAAUUGAUUCUACAACUUGAAGAUAUGGAGAAAAAAUUUACUGAAAUUCAAAAACAGUUGAAUGAAAAACAAGUUAAAUUUGAUAAAUAUAUUUGUGAGUACAACUGUCAAAGGGAAACAAUUGGUUUAUUAACAUCAGACAGAGAUAAUUUGAUAAAUGAAAUUAAUGCACUUAAGAGUACUUUAUUAAAUAAGGAUAAUUGUAUUACUUCUGUUGAAGAAAAAUUAUUGGAACAUGAAGAACAAAAAAACAAAAUCAAAACUGAAAAAGUCACUUUAGAAAUAGAGUUAAAGCAAGCUAAAGAAAAAUCAGAAAUUGCGAAUCAAGAUUUAAUCCAACAAAUAAAAGAAAUUGAGAACAAAUUAUCUUGUUUAGAAGCAGAGCUAAGUUUAAAGAAUGUAGAAUUAGAAAUUCAGAAAAAAGAAACUAGUAAAAAAGUGGAAAUAAUAACCAUUUUGAAUUCAGAUAAAGAUAAUUUGAUCAAUGAAAUAAAUUCUCUUAAUAACAAUUUGUUAGAAAAGAAUAAUACAUUAGCUUCAAAUCAUACAAAAUUAAUCAAUUUUGAAUCACUGUUAAAAGAUAUUGAAACUCAAAAUAUUUCCUUGCAAUUAGAACUAAAAGAAAGUAAAGUACAAGUAGACAAUAUCCAUUAUAAUCUUUCUCAAAAACUUUUAUCUGCAAAAACUGAAAUAUGUAUGAUUGAAGAACAGUUUUUCAAGCUACACGAAGAUUUGAAAGAACAAAACAAUUAUUUAACUCAACAAAAAGAAAUAAUCAAUAAUUUAACUUGUGAAAGAAAUAAUUUAAUAGAUGAAACAAAAAGAAUGAAAGAAUGUUUGAUGCAAACCAAACAUGAUUUAGAUUCAAAACAAAAUAAAUUAUUAGAUGAUGAUAAUCAUAAACAAUUUGAAAUCCAAAACGCAUUAAUUUUAGAAUUAAAUGAACUAAAAUAUGAGUUGAAUAAUAUACGCCAACAAUCUUCAGAAAGAAUUGUUGAAAUGGAUAAAAAGUUACGUGAAGCACAAGAACAACUUAAUCAAAAACAAUUAGAAAUGAAAUUGAAAAAUGACUCAUUAGUAGACAUUUAUCAAAAAUUAAAUGAUUUAAAAGAUAUAAAAAAUGGACUUGAGUUGAUACUUAUUAAAGGAAGAACUGAACUUGAUUUGUGUAUUGAAAAUUGUUCAAAUUAUUCAUUAAAAUACAUCAAUAACAAAACUAUAGAGGACCAGAACCAAGAUUCAUUGAUGGAAGUAAUUACUUCUGCAGAUACAUUUAUUGAACAAAAUGGUAUUCAGUUAGCUCAAGUAGAAAAUUAUGAUGAAUACACAAUUGUUGAAAAACUUAAAAAACUUUUUGAAGCACUUAAAAUGUUCAUAAUUAACAUAAACACUCAAAGAAAUGAACAAUUAGCAGAUAAAUAUAAUGAUAAUACACAUAACUCCAAAGAAACAUAUACUGAGUUACUUGCCAAAUCAAAUGUGUAUGUAUUAAUUACAUUUACUACUGGUGUUUGUUAAUUAUUCUAUAAAUAAUUUUUGUUUAUUUAGACAACUUGAAACUAUCAAACAUUUGGAGACUGAGAUGUCAAAACUUAAGGCUGAAUGUAAUUACAAAGUGACUAAAAUUCAACAAAAAACUCAGGCACAUAUUACAUCUGAAUAUGAAAAGAAGUUUGAACGGAAACGAGAACAGAUGGUAAUAUUAAAAUAAAUUUAAUUAACUACCAUAAUCAAUUUUGUUGUUUGUUUUUCUAGAAACAAUUUUGCAAAGAUUUAGAAGCAAAAAUUCACCAAGAUUAUGAAGCUAAACUGUUGAAAUAUAAAGAAAAAGUAUGAUUUUAAAAGUUAUCUUGUAUUAUUUUUAAUUAUCUUAUUUAUAGAUACAUAAAGAUGAAAUUCACAUAAAAGAACUUGGUCAACAAUUAUGGGAAGUUGGUGACAAAUAUCUAAGGUUGCAACAAAAAGAAAGAAGAGAUUCAACUAUGUCCUUACCAUUUGAAUUAUCAACUGUUUCUCAGUCCGUGAGUACAAAAAUGUGUUAUUAAAUAAAUAAACGCUACUUAAAUGGUGCUUAUAAAGACCUGAGAGGUUUUUUAAUACAAUUUUAGACCAAUAACCUAACCAAAUUUUUUUAUUUAUUACAUGUGAUAAAAAAAUAUAUGUUUAUUUUACAGAAAAAUAUCCAAAAAUAUAAUUCUUUUACAUUACCAAAAUCGAAUUCAGCUAAUCAAAUCAGGUAAGAAUAUAUAAUUUGUAUUAUUAACUUAAAAGAGCAAAAAAUAAGUUUUUUUUUUUUUAAAUUUAAAAGAAUAUUCAAUUUUAAUGGUAAUGCUAUAGGUUUAACAUUUCUACUCACAUUGUUUAAUAAAUUAUUAGGAAUUUAAAAAAGACUCAUGUUGUCAUUGAGCCAGGCUCCCUGAAAUUACCUAUCUUACACAUGUAAAAAACAUAAUUUUUUGUAUGAUGUGGUGUUUUUAUGCACUGAAAAUAUUAAUGGAACUAAAGUGUUUAAAUUUUUUUUUUUUUUUUUUGAAAAAUUUAAAAUCUAUUAACAGUAAUUUUUGUCACAUACCUACAUCUCUGUAUCUCAGCAGUACUACAUAAUGUUAUCAGUUGGUGUUCAGCAAAUAUUUAUUAAAUUUAUUUAGUUGGUAUUACAAUUUUAAUAAUAUAAAAUACAAUAACAAUAAUUGUUCAGUAUUUCAGUCAUUGUUUAUGCGUACUUAGCUUACACUUUUUAUCAAAAUAAAUUGACAUGCUGUGUCCUUGUAACUAUAUAUACAUAAUACAAAUUUAUCUCUUAGUAUUUUUUAAUAUUAUAAUGACAUUUUGAUACUUCAAUCAUCUUAGUAAAAAAAUUACGUAUUUAUACAUACAUCUUACAUCAAAAAUAAAAUGUUUAAUUUGAUAAAUCAUGUUUAAAGCGAGCAAUUUUUACACGCAUUUGUAAGAUCGAUUAUGCUGAAACUGACUCAAUGAUGUUACCCGGUUAUUCUAGAUAUCCCAAUAUUCCUUAAAUAUUUUUUUUAUUUUUAGAUUAAAUUUUGACAAAAUCAUUAUCAAUAGUUCUUACUAUAAUGGUUUACCAUCUAAUAAUUUGAGGAAAUUUUUUUUGUGUUGUGUGUUUCUUUAAAGACUAUAUGACUAUAGGUCAUAAGUAAGAUAACUUAUCAAUGUUAUUUAUUGUUCUACUAUUUAUAAUUUUAGAUCACUUAUUGAAGAGAAUACACGUUUCAAUCAAGACAAUUCUAAACGAAAUGUACCUGCUGGAAUUGGUAAAAAAUUCAGUUUAUCGUCUGGUGCGUUACUAACAAAUAUCUAACAUUAUUAAUAUUAUUCAUAAUAUUUUUAAUUUAACUAAUAAUAUACAGUUUAAACCAUUAAUAACCAAUGUAUUUUGUUUACAUAUGUUGAAGUAUAUAUUCUAUUUGCUGACUAAAUUUUCAUCUAUAAAUAAUACUAAGAUUAAUAGAAUGGAUCUAUCAAUUCUUUUGAAUAUCUUGACAUUUAAUGCAAUAACUCUAGAGUAAAAGGAACAAUCCGUGUGGUCCUUGAUAAUCUUGGUUAUCAAUCAGAUGAAACAUCCAAUUGUUCAUCUGAUUGAAUUGAAUAUUAAGGAACGUCGAUUUAUAUUAAAACGCAUUAUGCUCUAUCAUGUAAUCUAAACAAUUAUUUAAUAAUAGAUGUUAACCUGAUAAUAUAGCUUAUCGAGAAAUACGUUUAAAUAUUUGUAUAUAAAGUAUUUCAACAAAUGUCUUACUACUCCAGUAAAAUCUGCUCCUCCAAUAAGAAAAAUUUGCUCAAGUUAUAUGUACUUUAUUAUACAUUUAACAUAAUUAAUAAUGCAUUUAUUUAAUUAAUAGCUUGGAAUAAACUAAACUAACAAACCUAUAUUAAUUUGAAAUAAAAUAAUUUUAUUGUUUGAUUACAUAAUAUAUAAGGUAAUAUUUUUAAAAAAAUUCUAUUUUUUAAAGGCAAAAUAUUUCCAAAAGAAGAAGACGAAGAAGGUGAAAUGUUCAAUCAUUCUUGCCUUUCAGAUCUGAAACAGGGCAAAGUAAAGCUAACAGAUAAUAAUAGUAAAAUAUCACAUUAUAAUGAACGUCUAUCAGAACUUCAAGCUCGUAAUUCACUAUGCCCUCCACAUUUAAGAAGUUGUUAUGCCGUUGAGACUAAUUACUUGCCAAAUGCUUCACUAAUCACAGAAGAAGAAAUCAAAGUAAAUAAUUAUCCUUUAAUUAACUAAAAUAAGACCAUUGUAAAUAUAUAUAAUUUAUUUCAGAUAUUAGCUGAUUUUAGUGAUUGUGAAAGUGAAAACCUUAUACCACAUGAUCGCAAUAAGAAAAAGGAUAGAAAUCAGGUAUAUAUCUUUUACUCAAAUAUAUAAAUAAUAAUUUGCUCUCAUUACAAAUUAAAUUUUCAGACAUCCUACAAAAAACCAGGACCUCCCACUCCAAGCAAAAAUGGUGGUCGAGCUUCUUUAUCGGUGAUUAAUUAAUUCUUUUAUAUACCAUUAUUAUUAUACAUAAAUAAAUAAAAGUUAAACAAAAAAUUACACAGUAAGUUGUAUUAUAGGAAUCAACACAAUUCAGAAAUUGAUAUUUUAUCCUUUUCCUUCAUCCCAACUAACUAUUUGAAGUUAUUUACCCUUAUCCUAAACUUCCAUUUAACCUGAUCUUCCUCAUAAUUUUUCAUGUAUCAGCUAUUUUCUAUAUCAUUCUCAAUCGCAAUCCAAACACCUUUUUUUUGGUCUUUUUAUUCUAUGUUAAUUUGAAUUACCAUUCUUACUGCUUCCAAUUCCUGUCUCCUUAUAAUAUGCCCAACUUAUCUUAUUUAUUUUAUCUAUUGUCAAAGCCAUGCAUAUGCUACUUUGCAAUUUUUUGUUCCUGGGAAAAAAGUAAUGAAACCAUUAUUAAUGUUAACUUUCCCGUUCUUCCUACUUAUUUUUCCCAGUUAUUAAAAAAACAAUUUCACAAUUUCACUUACUAAAUAAAAUUUUCUUUGGGAAACAUACUUCAAUUACAAUUCAAAGCAAAAUUGCUUAUAUCUAAACAAAAUUGAAACUAUAAAACUUAUAUUAUCGUAAAUUUGUUUUUGGUUUUUCCUUGUUUUUAUCCAGUUUUUGUGGAAUUUUCAUAUACAGUGAAAAAAUGUUCUCAUGAAUACACCAACUAGAUUAAAAAAAGCUAUCUUAUCCAAUCAUUUUUUGAUUGGAGUAAAUUUUCUAAUAGAAAAGUGUUUUUACAGAUAGUUUGUAUAUGUAUAACAAAAUAGAACUUCAUCUAAUUAAUUUUUUCUCAAUUAUUGAUUAAUUAACCUAGAUAAAAUUCAUUAUACCUGUAUUAUUUCUGUGGGUAUGCAUUAGUAAAGGUCAGUUAUUUAAUUAUAUUAUGAAAAGAUAAUAUCAAAAUGUAUUGUCUAUGUCUAAUGAUACUUGCAUAAUUUAAAAUUGUACUCAAAUGAUGAUUAUCUGACAAUAUAUCAAUUUUAUUAAUAUGUUAGAUUACUAAUAUUAGUACUAUAAUCAGAAAUAUUACAUAUUUUUUAAUAUGAUUCUAAAACAAUUACAGGGCAAUGCAAAAAUUACAUUAAAAGAACAAAAAGAAUCGAAUGCAAAUAAAAGAAGAACCAGCAGUACACCUAACAAAUUAUUUAGUCUAUUCUUAGGCAAAAAAAGUUAACUUUUAUUCCAUAUCUAUCUGAAUUGUAAAUAUUUUUAUACAUAACUAGCAAAUAUUUGCACAAUUUAUUUUUUACUUUUUUGUAUAUUAUUAUUAUAAAAUGUAUUUAGUAUAUAGUACAAU